AUGAAUUCAGCCAUAUCUGGAGCAGCGCAACCCUAUGACUAUAGAAGUAUCAGUAGCAUGGCUGGGAGUGAUCCUUUGGCGAGAAAACGCCAUCGAAACGUUUCGGAAAGGCUUACGGACAGUGAGGAUGAAGGUGCAGGCCCUGAUACUCUGGCCAGAAGGCGACACAGAAAUGAUACCGAACGACUUACGGAUAGUGGUAAUGAAGAGGAGAGUAGACGUUCCAGUAUGACUGCAGAUGGAUCAGGAACAUCCAAGAAGGACGAAGAUGCAAUAAGGCGACUGGCCUCACAACGACGUGCCGAUAUUCGUGAGAAUUUUCAUGAGGAACUCAGUGAAACGGCAAUGCGGAAACGUAAACAAACGGAAACGUUGAGUGGAGAUGAUGACAGCAGUGAUGAUGAUUUAUUACCUGGAAAGUCAUUCGAGCAAUUCCAGAAGGGUUUUGGCUCAGGACUUGGCUCAUCUGAUAGUCGAGAGGGUGAGCUGGACAGGCAGCAACAACAGGUCUCGGCAUCCUCGUCGGGUGCAUGGCAACCGAAAAGUGACGAUCGAGGUGCUGCGUUAUUGGCCAAGAUGGGUUAUGGGGGUGGUGGAUUGGGUAAAAGCGGUCAAGGACGUACCGAACCGAUACCGUUGUCCACACAACGAGGUCGGGUCGGUUUAGGACAUCAGUCCACUCAGAGUAUUGGACGUGAUCUGACAGCAAAAUGGGACUCAUCAAUCGAGGAGAAGUCGGUGGAUGAGCAUGUUCUGUGGUUGGAGGUUUCGGGUGAGAAACGUAGCGAGAUCGUUGGGAAAAUUUGUGAUGAAUGGAUGGUUAUUGGGAAGAGGAAAGAGAUAAUUGACGAUGAGGAUCAGUAUUGCGAUGGAGAGGUGUUACGAGCGAUGUUGAAGGCGAAAUCGGUAUUUGACGAUUUGAGUGAUCGGGAUUUGAGAGAGGCACGAUCCAGGGCGAAUCCAUACGAGACCAUUGGCUCGGCGUUCUUUCAGAAUAGAGCAGCAAUGAAAGUGGCGAAUUUGGAUCGUGUCUUCGAUUGGUUAUUGACAAAAGAGAAUCCAUCAACGUUGGAGCGAAAGAACCCAGUUGAAGUGCGAAAACAAGCCGACGGUACUGCGGUGACGACGAAGGAAGCUGAAAAUUGUGAUCGCAAACUGCCGUUGUUCUAUUUUGCUGAUGUUUGUGCAGGACCCGGUGGCUUCACUGAGUAUGUCUUAUGGCGAAAGGCAUUUUAUAAUGCGAAAGGAUUCGGCUUCACACUCGUUGGGUGGUUUGCAGGUAAGGAUGAUUUCAAGCUGGAGCGUUUCACAGCCUCAGCGCCAGAAUAUUUUGAGCCAUAUUAUGGUAAGCACGGUGACGGUGAUGUGAUGAAUCCCGAGAAUAUUAUAUCGUUGGAGGAGGUGAGCGAAUUGUGAAUGGCAAAACGUCAAACACAAUAUCUGGAUAAGUAUCGAUCGUUCGCCAAAAAUGUUGGUCAAAUUGAUACGGAUCAAGCGAAACUGCGUGACGAUUGCCUGAAUUACUGGCGAGUCCCAGACAUUCCUCGAAGGCGUCCUAUCGAUGAAUCUCUCGAAGCGUCAAUUGGUCGUCUUUGCCGACAGGUGAUCGAUUUCGAGCAACUUCGACGAAAACCACCCGCGUUCAAAGAGAGCGUAUUGGAGAGCGAUAACGACAGUCGAAUGCGUUUUGCCGAGUUACGAAUGUGCGCGUUGACUGAGAAAGAACAACCCACACUGCUGUUUUCUGUGCGUAUGGGAAUUUUCAUUCGAUCGCCGAAUUCAAUGUCUGGCUUUGAAAAAUUGGAUAUAUUGCCACGAAUUCCCAAAGAUACAGUUCUGUUCGUUCAUAAGACAAUGGCGUACAGCAAGUUGAGUGAUCAAGGUAAACCGGAAGAUGGUCGUUGGGUGAUACGAGUUUUGGAUGGGGCCGUGCUGAACGGAGACGACAUCAGUGCGUUGUCGUAUGACGAACGAAUGGAAGCAAUCGAAAAGCUGUGUGCGGCAGUGAAUUGCGUUCAUCAACAAAAAUCACUGCAAUACGCCAAUACAUCAACGCCGAACUCGUAUCCGAAUGCGCGUAACAAACGCUCAAGGCCACGCACAAUGGCACCGUCGAAUCUGGUCGUUGCGGCCAAAGUGUAUAAAUUUGAUGAAAUUGGCCAAGAAACGGAACGUUUCAAUGUGACUCGAUGGAAAGGCGAAGAAUUGGCCAUUGUUGAAGAAUCAAAUCAUAAAUUUAUAUGCAGAGGAAUGAGAGUUGUGUCGUUGUUAGCAGAUCCAUGGGUGUUGUGCUGGUCGAAAGGCCAGAAGAAACCGUACGUUUUCGAUAAGAGCGGUCGACACGUUGCCGUCUUCUGUGAGCAUUCAAUACCUAAAGAGAAUUGCGUUAGCUUUUGGAAAACGAUCGUCUCAAAAAAAUCAACAAGCACAAAAGCGACCGAAAAUUACCAGUGGCAUUGGGAUUGGGCGCAGGAUUUCUUGGACGGUUACGGAUAUGGUCCUAAAGCAAUCCUGGGUGAUGACGAGCAUCAAGCUGGUCCAACAUGGCGAUCGGUUUCUCGAAUCGCACAGGAUCAGAAGCAAAAAAUUUGUCCUUCCGGAUGA